AUGGAUGGAAAUGUUUACCGCGGUGUUCUGCGAAGCUUUUCGCUGAAAGAUGGCUACGGGUUCGUCCGCUGCAGCGAGCUCUUAGAGACGUUCGGCCGUGAUGUAUAUUGUCCCGUGUCAUUGCUUCCUAAUGGCAUCUGCUGCGGAGCACGCGUUGUUUUCACCCUAGCCAUCAAUGAUCGUGGGCAACCUCGCUGUGGGGAACUCCUCGAGGAGGACACUUCGAGUAUUGAUGCUCUAUCACCUCUUGAGCUGCUACCGUUAGACCUGAACCUGGAGCCUUGCUGCGAGGCCAUCCUUGAGUCCCUCGGCACUUGCUCUGCGCGUAUCGUGUCUUGGAACCUUCUUGCGCCCUCAUACUGCUCGGGCGCUUUCUUCAAGGACGUCGACCCGGAGGCGUUGCGGUGGCCGCGCCGGGCCACCCAAAUCAAGACGGUCCUGCAUGCUCUAGCUCCGACAAUACUCUGCCUCCAGGAGAUAGAGCUCGACCGGCCCUUGGAGGAGCUGGGCUUGUCAUCCUAUGCUGUUGCGUCUGUGCAGCGCCCCAAGCGGUCCAAUGGCUUGGACCGGAAGGAUGGUUGCCUAAUCGCGUGGCAGCGCGAGGCUUUCACCUUGAUCAGGCAGCAGCCUCUCUACUACGAUGAUUUUCCGCCGCCCCAGACCUCUUGCCAGCAAGAUGAUGGGCCAAGCGGGCACGUGGCAUUACUGGUGGAGCUGCAGCCCACAGAUGCGCCGGAGGGAUGGACAGUGCUGAUUGCCACCACCCAUUUAGCUUGGAAUGAUACCCGGGAGGACUUGCGUACCCAUCAGGCAUCAGUCCUCCUGCAGACGGUUCUGAGCUAUCGGAAUGACUACACAAUCAUUUGUGGUGAUUUCAACAUGACGCCGCAGAGCCCCACACAUGGUCUUGUGAGCCAGUUCUUCAGCUCGGCAUAUCAGGACAUAGAAAGGCUGUCCGGUGAGUCGGGUGGCGUCACAACGACCAAUGCUCUUGCUCGUAGCGGCCAGGGCUUUGCGGAGAUCAUUGACUACUGCUGGCUCCGCGCCUCGGAAGGCUACUGGGGCCCCUGGGCACAUCGGCGCCUUCGACUGCCUUGCCGUGCUUGGCUUCGGUCCUUCUACGGCACCACGCCCCAAGCACCGCUGCCCACGCUUCUGCAUUCAGGACGCUGGCCCUCCGAUCACUUUCCCAUCGCUGUGGAUGUUGUGUUCUGGACAGAGCCGGGACACGCAGCGACUCCCGCAGCAAGGUGA